AAAUCGAAACAUGGGAUUAUCGGAAGUUUGGCCCUUAUUUUAUUAUCAAAUGUUAGAAUUUAAUAUAAAGAUAAAGCAAUGUAAUAAAGAAAAAAUUACGAAUUGGCCAGAACCGCCAGAACCGGCAAAACAAACAUCCAACUGUCCAAGGUCAGAGAAGCAUGUCCAUGGGUAAACUUAAGUGUGGAGGACAUACUGAGCAUACACAGGACAGGACGACAUAUAGUAGUUGGUGGUAGUUGGGACUGUUGGGACAGUUGGGACAGAAUGAGAAGAGGGAACAUCCCUUAAUAUAGCAUCCCUGGUCUGAUCAUUAAAUUUUACUGACGAAAGCAUUGCAAAUAUACUUAAAAAGGUGCACGUGAUAUAAUAAAUGAUAAUUAUCAUUGUAGAAUCUGUAUAACCUAUAAAAAAUAACACAUAUCUGUAUAGAAAAGGGAAUUUUUAUUUGUAGAUAUUUUGCAGCAAAAGGUUACUGUUAUUAGAAAUGUCUACUAAUAUAGAAAUAAAUGAUCCUCCUAAUAAUAAUGAUCCAAUAAAAGAUUCUCAGCAUUUUAAAGAACGUGCAGAACGAAAUCGUGAAAAAGCAUUAAUGUUAAAAAAAUCUAAAAUAGUUUCUCAUCCAUAUAAAAAAGGAGAAACUGGAAAUUCAGUAAAAGGCAAGACAUUAAAAGUUCAAACUCAGCGUAUAAUAGAUACCAAAGGAGGCUUCCUAAUAGAGGAAAAUGAUGAGCUAGAAGAACAAAUGCUAAAUGUAGUAGAAGAACUUGGUCCUAUUAUUAUUAAUUUUCCUCAUUGCGAUGAAUGUAAACAGGAAUUUAAAGAUUCUUAUCUUCUGCAGAAAUUUGAUCUCUCUGUGUGUGAUAACUGCAGAGAUUCCAAUGGCAAACACUCUUUAAUGACAAGAACAAAAGCAAAGGGGAACUAUUUGUUAAAUGAUUGUGAUCUGGAUCAAAGAGAACCCCCAUUAAAGUACAUAGUGAGAAAGAACCCUCAUAAUCCAAAUUGGGGUGAGAUGAAACUAUAUCUGGAAUUGCAAGUAGAACAGAGAGCGUUAGAAGUAUGGGGUUCUGAAGAAAAUUUGUUAAACCAACAAAGAAUACGUGAUUCAAAGAAAGAAGAAGCUAAAAUGAAAAAAUUCGGGAAAAGUAUGAAAAUAUUAAGAAUGGCAAUGAGAAGUUCAUUGUACGAUAAAACCUCGAGGGCAUCUCAUACACAUGAAUACACAGGAGAGAUAUAUAAUCCAGAUAAUGAUACAUAUACGCACACUUGCAUCACUUGUGGUUAUGAAGAAACAUAUGAAAAAAUGUAAAUUUUAUUAUAUUUACUUAGCUCCAGUUUUUUUUGGAGAGUAAAGAAUAGUCUACUACUACCACAUGCAGUAUUAAAAAAAUAAUGCAAGAAGGAACUUCUUUAUUUAUUUGUCAUGUAUUUUUCUUUAUAUAUUUAAUUAUUAUGAACGAAAAUUUAUAUUUAUACUAAUAAAAGUUUACCUUUCGAUGA